AUGAGAAAAGAAGUUCAUUAUAUCAUCGGCUUCCAUGUCGCUGUCGUACUCUUCCUCGUAUACUGCACAUUUGACCUCAUCACUCUCCUCCACGACGACUCGUUUGUGGACGCGCUCCUCGACGCAGAUAUCAACCCGCCUGCCGGUACAAAUAAGCCCGAACUCAUUCCGCGCAUCAUCCACCAGACAUACAAAACAGCAGAAAUUCCCGAGAUAUGGAAGGCGGGCCAGCAGGCGUGUAAAGACCUCCAUCCCGAUUACCAGUACAUCUUGUGGACAGACGAGCUGGCGCGCGACUUUAUUGCCAAAGAAUACCCGUGGUUCCUUCCCACGUGGGAUGCAUACCCGUACCCAAUCGAACGCGCGGACGCGAUCCGCUACUUUGUCCUCUCACACUACGGUGGGGUCUACAUCGACUUAGACGAUGGCUGCAACCGCAAGUUGGAUCCGUUGCUCACCGUUCCCGCGUUUGUGCGCAAGACGAUUCCGACUGGGAUAUCCAAUGAUGUCAUGGGCUCCAUGCCGAAGCACCCCUUCUUCUUGAAGGUUAUCGAAAAUCUCGGGCCAUACCAGAAGAACUGGUUGGUGCCUUACAUCACCAUCAUGUACUCCACCGGCCCGCUCUUCCUCUCGGUUAUGUGGAAGCAAUACAAGCGCUGGGGCGUCCCCGCAGAAGGCGUCGUGCGCAUCUUACAGCCAGCUGACUACAAGGGCAAUCUGUUUUCCUUCUUCCUCAUUGCCCCGGGCUCUUCCUGGCACUUGGACGACGCCAAGUUCAUCAAGUCUUUGUCACGCCACAUCGCAUUGACGGUAUUUGUUGGGUUCUGCGUCGCCUUUGUGGUCUUCUACCUCGAGUACUUGUUCUAUUGCUGGGUAAUUUCCAGCCACUUCCGCCGUACCAUGCGCAAAGUUGCCCAGAUUGUCUCCUGUGGCUACUACCGCCUCAGCCUGGUCGAAGACGAGGAGCCGCGUCCCAUCGCCAGGCGAACCAGGUCGAAUUUACCCCAGAAGAAGCGCGGCCGUAAAGACUCCAAUUUGCCUAUCCGCUUGGACACACUCGACUUCAACCAAGACGCCUCCGAAAAGCGCCCCAUGUUGGCCCACAGCAGCAACAUGUCCUCCCCCGGCUUUGAAAACUUCCGUGAUGUUGAAUUCGAAGCUGGCUUCAAUGAAGAGGAGGAACAUUGGUUGCGGGAUAUCUCGAAUUCGUCCACCCCAUCGCCUGUGUCCUCGGUUCCAGGCUCCAGCGACGAAAAUCGCUAA